AGGACGGGGACGUCGUCUUCGUUACGUCGGAUGCUGUUGAAUUUCGAAUCUACAAACCGAUACUCUCAGUGGCGUCACAGUUCUUUCGUGACAUGUUCUCACUCAAGCAACCUGUCUCCUCGGGAUCGUCAGAGCCUAUCGCUGUCUCGGAGAAUAGCAAGACCUUCGACGCCCUCCUGCGCCUCUGCUAUCCCAUCGACAAUCCCGUUUUCGUUGAUCUAUCCCAGGUCGAGUUGGUUCUCGAGGCAGCGAUGAAAUAUCAGCUAGCGUAUGCAAUCAAGCUCGGCAGUGACCUGCUGCGCGGGUUCAUAGCUGCCGAGCCGUUGCGGGUGUUCGUCAUCGCUUGCCGCCUCCGACUGGAUAGCGAGGCAAAUCAAGCUGCAUCGACGUGGAAGGGAAGUCGGCGCUUUGACGAUUCUAGCCCCACUUUCAAUAACACUACUGCUGGUGUAUGUUAUUUGACAGACAUGUCCAACAUCUCCGCUGCUUGCUUCUAUCGGCUCCUCUAUUUCUGCCGCACGAACUCUUAUAGCAUCCCAUCGUUUACCAGCGGUGACCCAUCCAAAGACCCAUCGCGUAUACUCCCUGAGCAAUCGUCCCGCAAAUCACAGAAUGCGUUCUCCGAGAACACCAAUCUCGACGGGCUCUUCGAUGGGGAUAUGGCAGAUGUUGUGCUUCAAUCUACGGACGGAGUCCGCUUCCGAGCACAUACGCUUCUGUUCCGCCUUAGUGAGGCAACCAAGGUUCUUGACGAGGGCGCUAAGAUUGUGUCGGAUGUCAAACCACCCCUCAUACAAAUCCAACUUGACAGUGGGACCCUAGCAGAUUUAAUCCGCAUGGUUGUCCCGUCAUCAUGCUCCGACGGCAUCACAGACCCACAGCGACUUUGGCGCCUCGCGCAUACUGCUAUUCGCUACGGAAUUCAUCGUGUCACCACGUCUCUGAAGUAGCAAGCUCGACGGCUUAUCCAAGAACAUAGCCUUGCGAUAUACCUCCUCGCUGCCGCGUGUGGCUGGGUGGAAGAGGCCAAUCUUGCUGCUCGUGCACUGGCGGAUCAAUAUUUGAAGGAUGCUUACGAUCCUCUCAUGGAGGAUGUGUCCGCCGCCGUAUACUACUCGCUGCUCAGAUUCCACCACGAGUGUGCUCGUGUGGUUACGAAAGUUGUGAGGCGAGAGGUCAGCCACCGCGAGCAUUAGGUCAGAGUAGGACGUGCGCGUUCGAUCCUUGAUACACGAUUGUCCCAGGUAAGUGC